CUUCUCCUCUUCCAGGAAUGAGGCAACAGCAGAAAGUCAGAGCCCUGCCAGGGCUGAGCCAACCUUCUCCUCUUCCAGGAAAUGAGGCAACAUCAGAGUCAGAGCCCUGCUUCGGAAAGGAGCUGCAAGGGGGAGGGAGGGGAGCGCUGGGCGUGUCUCGGCCCCACGGUACUGUGGGGACAUGCUGGGAGACAAGGGUCGUCAUAACGGUGGUGUCCUUAUGUGCCAGAGCUGACGCGCAAUUCUGGGAACACAAACGAACUGGAUGCAGCUACGGCCCUCAAGCUGCUCCCCAUCUGCUGGAAACAUUGACAGGACGAGACAGGACGGGCCGGGCGGAGGUACUGGGAGCGUGUCCUCCGCAGCGGCUUCUCGGCCGAGACCCGAGCGGAGCGGCGGCAGGUGUGCCCAGACAGGCGAGCGCCCCACCUGUCCCGCAGCGCCGCGAUCUCCACGCCCACCGCAGGGACCGCUGGUCUGCGCCACGCGCACGCUGGCACUCGGGCGGCGGACUCGCCUGCCCGGACCACCGCUCCCAGCUUGCUCGGUGUCGCGUCCACGCCUCGGACUUGUACGCGUGUACGCACACACCUGCUCUAGGGAGGCUGACGCGCAGGGACUACAACUCCCAGAGUGCUCCGCGCCUCCCCCGCCUUCGACAGCUGUUUCGCGCUAGUGCGCACACGCGGACCCAGACAGCAGCGCCCGGCGCGAGGGACCACAACUCCCAGGGUGCUCCGCGCCUCGCCGCCGCGACCAAGAUGGCUGCUAGACUGGCCGCCUUCCUCAAGAACGCCUGGGCCAAGGAGCCGGUGCUGGUCGCGUCCUUUACCAUUGCGGGCCUCGCUAUCCUUCUGCCGCCUCUCAGCCCCUACACCAAGUAUGCCAUCAUGAUCAACCAGGUCACGCCCUACACCUACCCAGUGCCCCUCCGGGAUGAUGGGAACUUGCCCGACGUGCCCAGCCACCCCCAGGACCCUCAGGGCCGCAGCUUGGAGUGGCUGAAGAAACUGUGAGCACCUCCGUUGACAGGAGGAAACCCAUCUUCUGGGAUCCCCAAUAAAAACGUGAAAACUAA